AUGGCGGUUGCUGAGGAGGCCGGCCAGAAGACGUUUGAUGCAGGCUUAUGGAAUGAAAGACGCCAGCCAUGGGCCCCGCCGCCAAUCCGGGUCUUCAGAAUCGAGCAUCUUUUGUUGCAGCUGGUUGCUGAACAGAUGGCGGUCGAUGAAGUCGAGUCCGAUGAAGCUAUCAACGGCGUCAACGAACUCGAGACCGAUGAAGCUAUCAAUCGCGUCAACGAACUCGAGACCGAUGAAGCUAUCAAUCGCGUCAACGAAAUCGAGACUGAUGAAGCCGUCAAUGGCGUGAACGAAAAUGGCGCUAUCGAUCGGGAUCAGGGAGCCUGA